UAGAAUUUAAUUAAGUUUUCCACCAGUCGUCGUGAGCAGCCUCGCUCGCUCUGGAUAGGAUCAGACGGAACUCCUCGCCGGCGCGCGUAUUGUGAAUCCUUUCUGCCAAACCGACUACCACGUGCCACGUUUUUUUGCGAGAGAGCGUGUUUCCUGCGGUGUGAAGAAUUUCAAUAAAAAAGUUUUGGUUCCAUCCCGCAGAAGGCUCAGCAACGAAUUCAAAGUGGUUGACAUUAGCUGUAGAAUGUCGGUUAAAUUGUUCGCGCUUGUGGUGACACUCCUGGGGUUGGCUGCUCUGACUGCGACGACCGUCAAGCUUCCCUUCUCUUUUCAGGCUGAACCGACUUCUGGCGCAGAAUUGACAGCGACGGAGCCGAGCUUCGAGCAACUGGUGGAACAACGGGUGGCCUACACCUUGCAGAUUGUCAAUGUGCUGGUUGCGAAAUCCAAUGCUCCAGAAUCGGUAAAAAGUGUGGUUUUGUCGAACGCACAGCAGCAGAUCACGGCUUGUGCUGCCCAGGCUGUCGUAGACAGGCUACCCGGGCCUUUCUUCGCCUGCAGUGGCCGCGUGAUUAGUGAGGCGAGCGACGUGCUGAAUGCGGCAGCUUCGUCCGGUGCUGGUUCACUUAGUUGAGCUGUAGUUCAUUCGGUCGUGCUUUUACAUGUGAUACUUAUUUUUAAAUAAAGAUGUUCAAUUAUA